AUGGCCUUAUCUACUGUCGAUAAUGACAGACAAAAGCAACUUGCCGACAUUUUGGCAUUCGUGCAAAAGAAGAAGCAAGACAGUCAACCCAAUACGCCUGAUGCUACUCAUAGCGAUAAUCAAGACGCUUUAAACGACCCACAUUCAGGCAUCACACUCACUGAGCAACCCUCCAAGAAGAAGCAAAAGACAUCACCUCCUGCUACACCUAAACCUCGCGCACCUGCAGCAACAAAACCCAAAGCAGCCUUACCUGAUUUCUUCUACAAUAACGACAAAACUUGCAAUACCUUAGAGUUGCCCUUACAAUCCAAUGUUGAAAUUAGACCUUACCAACGUGAAGCAUUAGACGCCAUUGUAGAUACCACACAUGCUGAUCCUCAGCAACACUUUGCCCGAUCUGGUAUCGUUGUUUUACCUUGCGGUGCUGGUAAGACAUUGACUUCCAUUCUCGUCGCCAAUGCCGUCCAAAAGCCAGUGCUUGUUGUGUGUUCAACCAUCAUCGCUGCGGAGCAGUUUUCCAAAGAAUUCUUGAGAUUCACAACACUCAUGGCUUCCAAGACGGGUAUGUUUGCCGGAGCCAAGAAAUGGCCUUACAAUGGUCCUGCAGGCGUUUUAUUUACCACCUACACUAUGCUUGUGGACAACAAGAGCAGAACAGCCGACUCCAAACGAAUGAGCAGCUUUAUAGACAAGACUGAAUGGGGAUUGAUCAUUCUAGAUGAGGUACACUGUGUGCCUGCCAAUAAUUUUGCAAAGGCAAUUGGCAAGAUUAAGGCUAAAGUGAGACUUGGUUUGACAGCUACCAUGUUGCGUGAAGACGAGAAGAUUGGUGAUCUAGAGACAUUGGUGGGACCUACCUUAUAUCAUGCCAAAUGGAAGGAGUUGGCUGACAAGGGUUACAUUGCCAAAGUGAUUUGUACGCAGGUAGAGUCAGACAUGAAUCCUUAUAUUCAGCGUGCACAUGAUGGUGUACAAACUCAAGGUGGCCUCUUAGGUCAUGGACAUCACCUUAAAAGCUUGCUGGCAAUCCUCAACCCUAAAAAGAUGCAAAUCUGUCAAAGGCUGAUUCAAUACCACGAAGCCAAGGGUGAUAAGGUACUCGUCUACUGUGACCACAUUGAUGCCCUCAAACUCUAUGCGGAAAAGGUAAAUCGGCCUUUCAUUUAUGGUGGUACUCCCACUGAAGAAGCUCGUCAACUUUUGUCUCGUUUCCAAAUAGAUGUGCCCUCUGUUGAAAAUGAAGAUGAGUUGACUUGGAACCAGAUUGCAACUCGCAGAUCUCUCAAGGCCAAACAAAUCAAUACGCUGUUUCUGUCUCGUAUUGGCGAUACCUCCCUUGAUUUGCCUGCAGCUACUGUCCUGAUCCAGGUGUCCUCUCAUUUCGGCUCUCGUCGUCAAGAAGCUCAGAGACUGGGCCGUGUUCUUCGUGCUAAAAAGAGAAACGAAAAAGGCUUUUAUUCUCGAUUCUACACAUUGGUGACAAAUGGUACGCAUGAAGUGACCUUCUCUGAAAAGCGUCGUCAGUUCUUGGAAGAGGAUUGUGGCUACGGAUAUCAGAUCUGGAAAGUCGGUGACCAAGAUGAAGGAGGCUGGGUUGUGGAUGCCAACCGUGAUAGCUCUAGCCCUGAUGACGAUGAAGUCAAGACAGACCCUCUCACAUGCACCAUUGGCGGCGCUGAUGAGCGUCCCUUUGACUCUGAAGAAGGCGAAAAGGAGUUGGUCAGUUUCUUGUCUGAAUUAAAGAAUUACCAAGUAGAAGAAGAAGAGGAUGACACUGCUCUUGCUGCUACGUCGGCCUCCCCAUCCCCUGCUCCCGGAAGCAAGAGAAAGCGUUGA